CAAUAAAUGGUGUUGAUUAUGUUGACUCAUUAACUGAUGUCAUGGGCCACAUGAAAAUAGCAUACACUGGUAGAGCAAAUUACAUUCAUUCUUUAGAAGGAAUGAUGCUCAAAAAAGAUGGUGGUAUUUAUACAGAACCACCAUUACCAUGCGAUAAUUUUUCGGAAAAUGGUUAUCCUACACAUGAAAUAAUUCAAAGUUUGGUUGGUCUUUAUUUUGCCAACGUUCAUCCAUACGUCCCAAUAUUGAACAAGAAUGAUUUUAUACGACGUCUUAAUGAUAAGAAUAAUCCUAUUUCGCCUUUAUUAUUCUAUUCCGUACUUGCUAUGGGUGCAAAAUUUUCUGAUGACCCCGUAGUUCGUCUUGAUCCUUUGAAACCUGAAACUGCUGGAUACAUUUAUUUUAACAGAGCUAGAGAUUUAUUAGAUGAUUUCUUUGAUGCUCCUCGAUUAUCUACAAUACAAGCACAACUUUUAUUGUUAAAAUUUCAAGAAGGUGUACGUCGACCUGGAUUCUUCUUUAGAAGUUGGGUAUAUUUUGGUAUCAUUCUUCGUAUGGCACAAGAUUUAGAUCUAGAAAAAAACUUUGAAAAGUGGAAUUUAGAAAUCAGUAGAGAAGACAUGAUUGUUAGAAAACGUGUAUGGCAAACUUGCUUUAUUUACGAUCAAUUAAUGGGCGGUGCGCAGGGUCGAGAUACUGCCAUAUUCUUGUCGAAUACAGAUAUUGACCUCCCCUUAAAAAGUGAUUUCGAUGACGAACAGGAAUUUCAAAUUCAAACCGAAUUUGUUCAUUUCGUCCGUCUUAUUAAAAUUCUAUCAAGUGUGUUGUCGACAAUCGCUUCAGCGGGUUCUGGCAAUUCGUUACAAGCUUGGUCAUCAAAUCCAAAAUUUCAAACUUUAGAUACUGCAUUAGAUGCUUGGUUACAAGCUCUUCCAUCUGGACUUAGAUAUCAACAAUUAAUAGAAAAUAAUAAUGGUGUUGCUCCUCAAACUUCUCAUUUUGCUUGUUUUAUCAACAUUUUAUAUCAUACUGUAGUCAUUUUACUUCAUCGUCCUUAUAUAUCGACUAUUGAAAAUGGAAAAAUUUCUCACACAAAUCCAAAUCACUUAAAUAUUUGUACCGUAGCUGCAAAUAAUAUUUCUUCAAUCGUGAGAAUGGCCCAUGGUCAAUGGGGUCCCCUUGUAUUUCAAUUUCCUAUCCGCGGAGGAAACUAUGGUGUAUAUUGUAUGGUUGCUGCUUCCAUGAUUCAUCUUGUCAAUAUGUCAUCUCCUGAUUUACGAUUUUCUAAACCUGCUCAUGAUCAUCUGUUAAGUACUUUGAGCGUUCUCAAGGUUUGUGUUGAUCAUAGUUCCGCUUGGGAAUUAAGAGAUAAAGUUCAUGGUUUGGAAGCUGCUUUCACUGCUCAAAGAGCGCGUCAAUCACAUGGUUUAUUAUUUCACCCUGGAUCACAUCCGGAUUCGCCUGUUAAUGGUCACAUGAAUAGACAAAGACUUAGUGUACCUAUAAAGAGAGCAACUACUCCAAAUACUCAAGGAAUGAUGAUGACAGAUUCCGGUCAACAUUUUAUUCCAAAUAGUCUUCCGGAUAAUUUUUCUCAAUUUCCACAAUCCUCUUCUCCUCCACGUUUUAAUGAACGUCCAUU